CUUUUACUGGAAGUGAGUAAGAUUCCUGCAGAUGUACAGGCUAAAGGUGGUCCUCUUAGUAUCAGUGGAGAGGUAGCUCAUGCCUUCAAUCUCAGUGGACUGAGGGAAGUGUGUAUUAGGAGAGUGGAUAAAGAUGAAGUGACACUUGAUUUGGUUGAAUUCAGAUUUAAAAUUGAUAAAGGAGUGUACAUAUCAAGGAAGCUAUUGUUUGCUGGUAUGCUGUUGAGAGUCAGUGGAUUGUGGACUAAAGGGGAAACUGUCAAGUGUGGAGUGCAUGGUGACUGGCUCUACCAGUGUGAGAGAUUGUGUUUAGAUCAGCCUCAUUGCAAUUCUUCCUAUUCAUGCAAGUCAGUUCAGAGAUAUGGGAGUUUGAUCCCAAUGGUGAUACUUACUUUGAUGAAGCAGUUGAUGGUUUUUGAAGGUUCUCUUCUCCAUUUGGAAGGUGUGAUUCCAUUUAUAAACUCCGUAAAAGGUGUGAGACCAUUGAUUGAGAGUUACAGGACUCACAACAGUUCAAGGACUUCUACCAGUUUACGUUUAAUUUUGCCAAAAACUCAGGCUGAAAGGACUAGGCUAGUGACAUAA